GACCUCAAUUUGGCCACGCAACUUGAGCCGAACAACCUUGCUACUUCAUACUCAGUGUGUCACUCUGUGUCAGGUACCAGACCGUAUAUGGCGCCCGAGGUGUACGCUUGUGCAUUGGGGCUCAUUGAUGGCUACGAUUCAAAAGUGGACUGGUGGUCAUUAGGAGUCACGUUCUACGAGAUGAUGAGAGGUCGGACUCCCUAUGAGUUUAGCCCACAAGCAACUGCUGAGCAGGUGCUGUUGUUGAUUAGCGAAAGCUUUAUUCCUUUUCCUGCCCACUGGCCUACGGAUUUGCUCAGUUUCCUACGUCUUCUGCUGUAUCCGGCACCGGAACGUCGGAUUGACUCGUUGGCCACGCUUAAACGGCAUCCAUACGUGUCCCGGAUCGAUUUCGCUGCUGUUCUAGCCAAACGUGCUGCCCCGGUGUUCGUGCCUUGCAAAGAGGGUUUCAAUUGUGAUCCGAUGUAUGAGCUUGAGGAAAGAAUCAUUGUAUCCACUCCGAUCCAUCGACGACGACAAAAUAAAAGGCGAUGCGAAGAAGAGACCGAUGCUCUUAGGGAAAUAUCUCAAGUGAGUGGAGUUUGUUCGGUUGGAAGUGGAAAAGGAUGCCCUUGA